ACUACCAAACAGAACAGCUGCCAAUUUAAUCAAAAUCCUUCUUCUAAUAUUGCAUCAUAACACAUUGUGAGGUUUAUGUCUCUUUAAGGUUCCUUUCACUACUCGCUGUCUUCCCCUCCUCAACUACACCCCAUCAAAUAUACUGCUCUCUACAAAGACUUCACCCAAAUAAAAAAAUCAGACGAAUUUCUCUCUCCUAACCACCUUUGACUUCUCUCUCUCUCUCUCUCUCUCUCUCUCUAUCUCUCUAGGAGUUGCCGCCUGCAGUUUCUUUGUUGAAGAACCCCAAUUGGGUUCUCCUUUUUCAAGUCUAUCUUUCUAAUUUCUCUCUCUACUGGAAAGAAUUGGGUGGUAAGUAUGAAGGUUUGUGAAGAAUUAUUGCUCACCAUUGAAGUUUAGAAGAAGUGGUCAAAGUCAAGAGAAAAAGGGAAAUAAAUUAUUGUUACCAAAAAGCUUUGAGAAUUAGGCAGUAUGGAUCAGAGUAUUAAUGUGUGGGAUACCAGCUCAUACGAAUUUAAACAAUACCAUCAAUUUUCUUCUUCAAAGUAAUGGAGAGGGAGAGCCAUGAGUCCAAAUCCAGUAGGUUCCGCAAGUACUGGUUCACUCCUGCAAAACACCAGAGAGCUGACCCAUGUUGUCCCAACAAUGAAAUUUCAGAUGGAGAUGAUUAUGAAAGAGAAACCUUUCUGAAGGAUGUCCUCUCUCAGUCGGUCGAUAUGGGUCCAUGCAAAUUAAGCAAUGAAUUAAGAAUCUUUGUGGGUACUUGGAAUGUAGCCGGAAGAUCACCGGUCGGAAGCUUAGCCGUCGAUUUAGACGAUUGGCUCAACCUCAAAGAUGCAGCAGAUAUAUAUGUUCUCGGAUUUCAAGAGAUUGUACCAUUGAAAACAAGGACAGUGGUCGGAGCAGAGGACAAAUCCAAAGCAACGAACUGGAAUUUACUGAUCGGAAAAAUUCUAAACGACAAAUACGGAUGUCCAUGGCUGACGCCAAUGAUGAUGAACACAGGCACCGGCGACGAGGACUACACAAGAAACCCCAAAAAACCGAUAAGUUUCGCCGGAGAUCAAACGCCGAUCAAAUUCCCAGCGAGAAUUCCGGCGAACCAGCUUUUCGGCGGGAGCAGAUAUGUUUUGUUGGCAAGCAAGAAGAUGGUGGGAGUGUUUACAAGCGUAUGGAUAAGGAGAGAUUUGCUGAGGAAAUAUUACAUUUCGAAUGUUAAAGUUUGUUCAGUGGCCUGUGGAAUAAUGGGUUAUUUGGGUAAUAAAGGGUCAGUUUCAGUGAGUAUGUCAAUUGAAGGGACAAGUUUUUGCUUUGUGGCGGCACAUUUGGCUUCCGGAGAGAAAAGGGGGGACGAGCGGCGGAGGAACCACCAGGUGUCCGAGAUAUUCCGGCGGACUUUUUUUGCCAGAACGCCUAAAGAUGAUGAGUAUCCAAAUCCAAAUCCUCCUCUCACCAUCUUAGGACAUGAUCAAAUAUUUUGGUUUGGGGAUCUGAACUAUAGGCUGUAUUUAGAGGACAAUUUUGCGAGGCAACUGAUAAAGAAGCAAGACUGGAAAGCAUUGCAAGGGUUUGAUCAGCUACGGAAAGAACAAGAAGCUGGUGGAGUGUUUCAGGGCUGGAGAGAAGGAAACAUAGAGUUUGCACCUACUUACAAGUAUUCUUCAUCUAAUUGCAAUCGCUAUUCAGGUGGUCCUCUAAGAAGAACAGGAGAGAAGCAAAGAACUCCAGCAUGGUGUGACAGAAUUCUAUGGUAUGGAAAAGGAGUGAAGCAACUCUCCUAUUUCAGAAGUGAGAGUAAGUUUUCUGAUCACAGGCCAGUCUCUGCCCAAUUUUUAGCACAGAUUGAGCUGCUGGAAUCUACAAAUCCAAGAGUUAUUGCCCUCAGCAAGUUUCUUCCCUCCAUACCGCUUUCCAAACAGACGAUGAGAAACUAAGGAGGCUUGUAGUUCUGAUCUUCAAAACUAACCUUGAUGAUGCAGAAGGGGGAAACUACUGUAG